AUGGCGGCUCGAGCACCAGAUGGGAAGCCAAUUGACCCUGUAGAGAACAAGCGCCGGAUGCAGGCUGGUGAGCUCUAUUACUGCUUCACCCCGGAGCUGAUCGCCGAACGUCGAAGGUGCAAAUCGGCAUACCAGCGCUUCAACGCGGCGGGCGACGUCUCUCGCAGGGAGUAUCUUGAACUCUGGAAAGAUCUCGUCAACGACACGUCCCCGCUUCCUCCACCCGCUGCCACCCCGGAGGAAGACGACGCUCUGCUGGAAGAUUUUCCCUGGGUGGAUGGGCCGACCAGGAUGGACUAUGGAUAUAAUGUCAAAGCCCAGCGUCGCAGACUCGGAAAGAAUGUGUACAUCAACACAAACAACACCUGGGUCGAUACUUGCCCCAUCACUGUCGGAGCGCGCACCCUCAUGGGGCCCAACUGCUCCUUUUAUAGUGGCACGCAUCCCAUCGACCCUUUCCUUCGCAACGGCCUCCGCGGCCCCGAGAGCGGCGCGCCGAUCAACAUUGGCGAGGACUGCUGGCUGGGAGGAAAUGUCACCGUCCUCGCGGGUGUAACGAUCGGAAGAGGCACCACCAUCGGCGCCGGCUCGGUCGUGACCAAGGAUAUCCCGCCUUUUGUGGUUGCAGUCGGCAACCCGGCAAGGGUUCUGAAAAAGAUCGACGCCCCCGAGGCUCAGAAGGCAGAGGCUGAGAUCUUGACUGGCGAGAGUUUCAAGAGCACUUCAUAG